UCUUUCCAAGCCUAGGGUUUAUACCAAAAACCCUUGAAAGGCCAGCAAUAUUCAGACUUCUUCCUCCAUAGUGUCCCUCUUCGCCGCCUUCUAUUCUCGUAAUUUCUUCACUCUGCAUCUCAAAUUUUGAGUUGUAUUAUUGUGCUGUUUCAUCUAUUCAAUUAGGAUUAUAAAAAAUGGUGCAGUACAACUUCAAGAAGAUUACGGUGGUUCCCAAUGGGAAGGACUUUGUCGAUAUCAUUCUGUCUCGCACACAGCGUCAAACACCUACUGUUGUCCACAAAGGAUAUGCUAUCUCUCGUAUACGUCAAUUUUACAUGCGCAAAGUGAAGUAUACACAGCAGAAUUUCUAUGACAAACUCUCCACCAUUAUUGAUGAGUUCCCCAGGCUUGAUGAUAUCCAUCCUUUCUAUGGGGACCUUCUUCAUGUGCUCUACAACAAAGACCACUACAAGCUUGCCCUUGGCCAAAUUAAUACUGCUAGAAAUUUGAUUUCAAAAAUUGCUAAAGAUUAUGUGAAAUUGUUGAAGUAUGGCGACUCACUCUAUCGCUGUAAGUCCCUUAAGGUUGCUGCUCUUGGGCGUAUGUGCACUGUUAUAAAGCGCAUUGGCCCAAGUUUAGCUUAUUUAGAACAGAUUAGGCAGCACAUGGCAAGACUUCCCUCAAUUGAUCCCAAUACUCGGACAAUCUUGAUUUGUGGGUAUCCAAAUGUUGGAAAGAGCUCGUUCAUCAACAAAAUUACAAGAGCAGAUGUGGAUGUGCAGCCUUAUGCUUUCACUACAAAGUCCUUGUUUGUCGGUCAUACUGACUACAAAUAUCUUAGGUAUCAAGUGAUCGACACUCCUGGUAUUCUGGAUAGGCCAUUUGAGGAUCGUAAUAUCAUUGAGAUGUGCAGUAUUACAGCUCUAGCACAUCUGAGGGCUGCUGUGUUGUUUUUCCUUGAUAUUUCUGGGUCUUGUGGCUAUAGCAUUGCACAGCAGGCUGCUCUUUUCCACAGCAUUAAAUCACUCUUUAUGAACAAACCCUUGAUGAUUGUGUGCAACAAAACGGACUUGCAGCCGUUAGAAGGGAUUUCUGAGGAAGACAAGAAGUUAGUAGCAGAGAUGAAAGAUGAAGCCAUGAAGACAGUGAUGGGUCAAGGUGGCGAGGCAACAGAUGAAGCAGGGGUGUUGUUAACUAUGAGCACGUUGACCGAAGAUGGCGUGAUUUCGGUGAAGAAUGCAGCUUGUGAGAGGUUACUGAAUCAGAGGGUCGAAUUGAAAAUGAAGUCGAAAAAGUUGAAUGACUGCUUGAACCGCUUCCAUGUUGCUAUGCCAAAACCACGUGACCAGAAAGAGAGGCCAGCAUGCAUACCUCAGGCGGUGUUGGAAGCCAGAGCUAAGGAAGCUGAGGCGGAUGCUGAGAAACAGAAAAGGAAACUUGAGAGAGAUCUGGAGAAUGAGAACGGAGGUGCAGGUGUUUACUCUGCCAGCUUGAGGAAGCACUAUCUAUUAGCAAAUGAAGAGUGGAAGGAAGAUGUUAUGCCAGAAAUUUUAGAUGGGCACAAUGUCUAUGACUUUAUUGACCCUGAUAUCUUACAAAGGCUUGAAGAAUUGGAGAGAGAAGAAGGUCUUCGUCAGGAUGAAGAAGGAGAUGAUGAUUUUGAGAUGGACGGCGUUGAGCUGACCCCUGAAGAACAAGCAGCAUUAGCUGAAAUCCGGAAACAGAAGAGUUUGCUCAUUCAACAGCAUAGAAUUAAGAAAAGCACUGCAGAGAGCCGACCCACUGUACCAAGAAAGUUUGACAAAGACAAGGAGUUCACUUCAAAAAGAAUGGGAAGGCAGUUAUCUGCUUUGGGGUUGGAUCCAACUCUAGCAAUCAAUCGAGCUCGUAGUAAAUCAAGGGGUCGUAAGCGAGAGAGAUCAGUUGAACGUGGAGAUGACAUUGGUAAGGAUGCAAUGGAUGUCGACGAGAUUACUCCCAACAAGAAGCAAAGAUUGAGGUCACUUUCCAUUACGGCAAGAUCAAGGUCAAGGUCACGACCUCCAGAUGAAUUUGUUCCAGGGGAGGGCUUAAAGGACAAAGCCCAGAAGAAGAUGGCUAUAAAGAUGGCUAAGGGUUCUUCUAAGAAGAGGAACAAGGAUGCUCGGCGGGGAGAGGCUGAUAGAGUUAUUCCUACUCUGAAACCAAAACAUCUCUUCUCAGGAAAGCGAUCAACUGGGAAAACUGACCGGCGCUAGUAAACCAUGAUGGCAUUUUAUCUCGGAAUUUACUGAUGGUUCCUAUCAAGAAGCUUGUGUUGCAAUAUCUUGGGUGGCGGACAGAAAGGCUAAAAGAAAAUUCAGCUUAUUUUGGACAGCUUCCCAGUUGAAUUUCUGUCUCUGUUAUUUUGAACUUACCUUGCUGUUUAUUUAAGCUAUUUUUCAUAUUGUUUUUUAACUUUAAAUUGUGGAAGAAUGUUCGUUUUUAUUUUAUUUUAAAAGAACAAAGAUGUGAGGAACAUUACAAGAAUUCAACCUAUUGAAAUGGCAAGACCAAGACUACAGAUUAAGCAUAUAAGUUUGUGAUUAAGAUGCAGCUGAACUUGCUGCCUCCAUUAUGCAUUUUUGGAACUUAGAUACCUGUUGUAAGAUUGUGUUUAUCCCGA